AAAAAUUGUCUCUUCAGAACUCAUCAACAAAAAUUAAAAACUCAAAGACGAGGCUGUAGCAAACUACCUGACGUCAGCACGCUUUGUUGAAAUACGUAGAAAUAACGAAGAAGGAGGAAAUAACAAGGAAACGCACAGAGCAGCCUUCCAAAAUCUGGUCACARCAGUUUGGGAAGAAAAUGGCAGCAUCUGCUGACGAAAUGUCAACAUCCCUACARGUUGCAYGAUUGGGAGAUUGCGAAAGAAAUAUAUGUUAAAAAUUCUCUAAUAAGUUCCAGUCCUAAGAUAUUUGAUGUGCGAGCUGAUCAUCAGGCAGCAGCUUUCUACGGGAAAUAAGUAGUUAUUAGAACAUUUUCACAGCUGCAGCUAUAUUGAGUAAAUUCAUAUACAGUAUGCCAACAAAGUGGUAACCAUAAGUUUGUUUUGGAGCUUUACUCAAAUCUUGCUGCACGGUUUUAAAACGAAAUUCCUUGUAUGGAUAUUUCUGUACUGCACUUGAAUGUCUGCGCAGACACUGUUGUCUCUUUCCUAUAUUUAUUGUUGCUUGCUCCGAUCGUAGACUUUGAGGAUAAAGCCCUCGAGAAGCCCCUGAAGAUCAAGCUGAAAGUUGGAGGAAGUGAGGUGACGGAGCUCUCCGGUUCGGGCCUCGACUAUGACGACCGGUCGGACCACGAGCGAGAACGCCACAAAGAGAAGAAGAAAAAGAAGAAGAAGAAGUCUGAGAAAGAUAAAUAUGUGGACGACGAGGAGAGAAGGCGGCGGAAGGAGGAGAAAAGGAAGAAGAGAGAACGAGAGCAGAACGAGUCAGAGGCAGCAGCUGCCGCCUGUAGUGGAGCACCCGUUGAACCGUUCACACUGUCAAAAACUAUAAGUAUCUCAUUAGAGCCAGAAGAGAAGAGAAAAAAGAAAGAGAGGUUAGAAGCAGAGCCUGAAGUGGAAGAGUUUCACCCCAGUGUGAAGGUGGAAGUUGAACAACAAGGAGACCGACCRGUUAGAUCAUGUCGAACGCAACAAGAGAACGAGUCCACCCCUCGUCAGCAACUGCUCGAACACUUUCUGAGGCAGCUGCAGAGAAAAGAUCCACACGGAUUCUUUGCAUUCCCUGUGACGGACGCGAUCGCUCCCGGUUACUCGUCCAUCAUCAAACAUCCGAUGGACUUCAGCACCAUGAAAGACAAGAUUAGAAACAACGAAUACAACACAGUAACUGAAUUCAAGGCGGACUUUAAGCUGAUGUGUGACAAUGCCAUGGUCUACAACCGACCAGAGACCGUUUACUACAAGGCUGCAAAGAAGCUGCUUCACACAGGAUUCAAGAUGAUGAGCAAGGAGCGUCUUUUGGCGCUGAAACGCAGCAUGUCUUUCAUGCAGGACAUGGAUUUUUCCCAGCAGGCGGCCAUUUUGGGAGACGAAGACCUGACGGCCGAUCUCCCUCCUCCAGAGACGAUCCCCAUCCCCRUCGAGCCUUCCAAAAAGUCCAAAAAACAACCAGUCAAAGACAUGAAUUACCUUUUCGAACCUGAGGGGAACGCGUGCAGCUUGACUGACAGCACAGCAGAGGAGCACGUUCUGGCUCUGGUUGAACAUUCUGCAGAUGAAGCUCGAGAUCGCAUCAACAGAUACAUGCCAAACUCUAAGAUGGGUUACUUGCGUAAAGAUUCAGAUGGGUCUCUUGUGUACACUGUUGUGAAUCAGCUCGAUCCUGAUGCGGAAGAUGAGGAGACUCAUAAAGUGGAUCUGACGUCUCUGUCUAAUAAGCUUCUGCCUGGAUUGACAACAUUAGGUUUUAAAGAUGAUAGAAGACACAAAGUGACUUUUCUGAGCAGUGCCUACAACACCCAGAGCCUUCAGAAGAACUCCGUCUUUCCAGACUUGCAGUCAGACGAGAUAGAUAAGCUGUACUCAGCGUAUGGUGAUGAGACGGGGGUACAGUGUGCUCUGAGUUUGCAGGACUUUGUAAAGGGCUGUGGAGGCGUCACCAAGCGUUGGGUCGAUCAACUUCUGGACAAGAUGACAGGAGGCGAUCACUCAAAGGCUGUCAGUCAGAUUCGACAGAAAAGAAACAUGAUGUUGAAGCCUGACGAAACCAAGUCGAACAACUGUGACAUGCAGCUGUCAGACGGUGCUGGCCUCGGAGAGAGCAGCUCAGUCCUGGAUUUCAUGUCAAUGAAGAGCUAUCCUGACAUGUCUCUGGAUAUCUCCAUGCUGAACMCAUUAGGUAAACCAGUGAAAAAAGAGCCCGGGAACGACGAAGGCCACCAGCAUUUUGACGACACCGAUAAGCUGCUGCAGGAGUUCCAGGAGGCUCAGGUGGACCGAGUCUGCUCCAGACCUUCAUCCAACUUGUCCUCCCUUUCCAAUGCCUCUGAAAGAGACCAGCACCACUUAGGCAGCCCGUCACACCUGGGUGUUGGAGAUCACUCUGAAAUGAUUCACGAUCCCUACGAGUUCCUGCAGUCUCCGGAGCCGGAGGGCUCGACCAACAGCUGACUGCACACAUAGACUUCCUGUCCUUUUUUUGUUUUGUUUUUCUACGAACACAAAACAUUGAACUGUUUAAUCAUUUGUCUUAAAAACKGAAUGUACAGACUGGAUUUCUAGGGUUUUGUAUCAGAAAACUCUUAUAAAUAUUUGCAUGUGUAAUAGUGYGUGUUGUUCAUUAAUAAAUUAAAAAUCUUUAAAUUGCUUA